AUGCACCGCCGACCCCGAACCCCGAGCAAUAGUGCUAACAAGAACUCCAACCCGGUCAAAGACCCCAAUGACUACGCCGUGGGACAGGAAGAUACGAGGGUGCACAUCGACGCCGCCAACACGGCAAACUACAUCGACAAGGCGCGCGCGCGGGUCCUGACCGAGAACUUUGCCCACAGUUUCCGGCACAAGUACGGCAUCGGCGCCAACGGCCACUCCAAGGAUGUGGUCGUGGGCUUUUCGUCGCUGCAGAUCCUGCUGCCCAUCGCCUUUUACGGCACCCUCGCCGCGGGGGGCAUCUUCUCGUGCGCGAGCCACUCCUUCACCGCCGCCGAGUUGGCCAGGCAGAUCAAGCAGGGCGAUGCAAAGCUGGUCGUGUGUAGCCCGGACCUUGUCAAGGUUGCCGUCGAGGCCGCCCAGGCGUGUGGCCUGGGUCUCGACCGUGUACUCGUCUUCGAUUCGACCUACCGUGCUUGGGGGUUCAAGUCGGUGGACGGAAAGGUCGACUGCUGGACGGACAAGCGCCUCACGUGGAAGAGGAUCACGGAUCCGCAAGAACUCGAGGACAGCAUCAUCGUCUUGCUGUACUCGUCGGGCACGACCGGUGUUCCCAAAGCUGUGAUGCUCUCGCACAAGAUGAUUGUCACGCAGAUCGUCCACGCUUCUCAGACGGCGCGAGAAUGGGCCACUCCACGAAUCUUGACGGGCGAACUGGUCCCGACACCGCUUCGAACAAUUGCCCAUCUCCCGGCGGCUCAUAUCGCUGGUGUGGCAGGGUACUUUGUCAGUCCUGUCUACUCCGGCACCGAGUGCUAUUGGAUGCACAAGUACGAGUGGAAGAAGUUCCUAGAGUACAACCGACAGCACAAGAUCACAGGAUUCUUCACCGUGCCCGCCAUCUGGGCGCGCAUCGCCAAAUCUCCCGACGUCACCGACCAGUUUGCCACCUUGAAGAACGGCCUUGGUGGCGCGGCCCCGAUGGACGCAGACCUUGCCAACUCGGCUAGUAAGCGGACGAAAAUCCAAGUAGGAGGAACUUACGGCAUGAGCGAAACCACGGGGUCCGUCUGCACACUUCCUCCGGGAAUGACUGAUGACACGGGCAGCGUUGGGGUCAUGCAUGCGAACACCAUGUUCAGGCUUGUCGACGACGACGGCAAUGACGUCCCCGAGGGCGAACCUGGCGAGCUCUGGGUCAAGGGCCCGAUGGUGACAAAGGGCUAUUACAAAAACCCCGAAUCCACCAAAGCGGCCUUCGUCGACGGCUGGUACUGCAGCGGAGACAUCCUGCAGCAACGGAGCAACGGACUGUGGUACGUGACGGACAGGAAGAAGGAGUUGAUCAAGUACAAGGGCAUUCAGGUGGCGCCAGCCGAGCUCGAGGGUCUCUUGCUCUCACACCCCUUGAUCGAGGACGCGGCGGUGAUUGGCGUGCCAGGCGAAGGGACAGAAGUCCCUCGUGCCUACGUCGUGGCCGAUAAGAACAAGAUUUCCGAGGCAGAGAUCAAGGAGUUUGUCAAGAGCAAAGUCGCACCGUACAAGCAGCUGCGAGGUGGUGUGGUCUAUCUCGACCAGCUUCCCCGAAGCGCAGUCGGUAAGAUUCUGCGGAAGGAUUUGAGAGAAAUGGCGAAGACGGAGUUUCGUGCUAAGCUAUAG